AUGCAUCGCGAAGGCGGCAACAGUCAGCGGAUAUCGAUUCAACUAGAACUUAUUGAUUGUCUUCAAUCGAUGAAGCAAACGCAUGAAGCCGAACUUAUCAUGAAGGAGGCGUUGGAGGAAUGGAAAGCUAAACCCGAAGAAGAGCAACUGCUUCUGAUGAACGCUCAACUGCAUGUGACGAAAGGAGAUGUGGAUGGGGCACUAGCCAUCUUAAAUACGGUGCAACCAGGACAACCCAAUUAUCGCUUGGCUCGCAUAAAGAUGGCUGAAAUCUAUCUACAAGAGAAGCAUGACAAGACUAUGUUCACCGUCUGCUACAAGUAA